UUCGUUACGUAAAAUCGGGUCGGGCGCCUUGCUCCAAUUUUACUAUUCGCUUGAAAGAGUUGCCCACAAAUACAAGAACGACUAGCCCGACGUCAGCUAGUGACUGUAAAGUCACAAAGUGACUCAGUCCGGUUUAGUCAAGCGCGAUCCGAGGUUGUUGGCAGAGCGCGUAUUGCAGUGCUCGCAGCACAGUUCAAGUCGUGUAGCUGUGUCUCCUAGUAAUUAUAUUACACCGCGGUUCUCCCCCUCGCGCACCGCCUGAUCAUUUUUCGUUCUCGGGCUUCUCAAAUCGUUCACGAGUUUUGGCUGUACGUCAGUCCACCGUGUUCGUUCGCGAGUGUUCCUCCUGGCUAGUGUUUUAGUUAAUUAUAGCACCAUGCAGCGGCCGUCGUUGAAAAUCAUCCUGAGCCUUUUAUUGCUCACACCAGCUGUCCUCAGCGAAAUUAACGUUGACCUCAAUUAUGACGAGGAUCUGCGAGCUCAACAGAGUAAAAGGUUCGAUGUCAAAUCGCACUUCCAAAUCAAAUGCUCCGUGACGGGUGAUGACAGUGUGGACGCUAAAUGGCACAAGGGUAGCACAGAGGUAAAACCUUCUGAGCGAGUCUCUACCUCGAAGCAGGGUACCGUCUUCUCUUUGAACGUGAAGCAUGCCACUGAAGAGGAUGCCGGCAACUACGAGUGCGUUGUUUUUAAGGACGACAGUGAAGUAAAGCGCGCCAAUAUCACCUUGGUCAGCAAGGUUUACGUGAAGAUGGUCGCCAAUCUUAACUUUGUUGAAGGCGAAGCCAUCAAGAUGGUGUGCCAGGUGGUUGGCAGUCCAACCGUCACCUGGAUGGUUGGUAAUGAAACCUAUGAUGAAAGUCGCGAUCGAGUCCUAUUGGAGAAGGAUCCCGAAAGCAAUGUAGAGAACACUAUGCUUGUUAUCAAGGAAGCACAGAUGAGCGACCGAACGGAAUACAAAUGCAUGGCUACUAAUGCAUACGGUGACACAGCCGAUGGAACGACUAUGGUUCGCAUUAAGGAUAAGUACGCCGCUUUGUGGCCUUUCCUGGGAAUUUGCGCCGAAGUCUUCGUUCUUUGUGCAAUCAUUCUCAUCUAUGAGAAGAAGCGUAACAAGACCGAGCUGGAAGAAAGCGACACUGACCAAAGUCCAGACCAGAAACAUUAACCGAUUAGUAGAUUGCCACAAGUUUAAAUCGCAAGUUGAAAGAAAAACACUCCUGAUCACGGCAAAGACUCCUCCAACCUAAGACAUCGGCAGUAAAUCCUCACACGCACGCCAUACUGCGAAUGAAAUUGACAUAACAACAGUUUAAGCUAUUAUUAGUCGUAGGAGCAUGUUGCCGGAAACAAAUAACAAUUCGCAAAUUUGUCGAUUUUAAUCGCGACAACGUAAUAUCAUCAUACAUCAGUUCAUUAUUGGUUUUGGUGAAAUUGAUGAGAAGAUAAUUGACGUGAGGAACGCAAAACGGUACUUAAAGUGUACUUAUCUACGUGAAACCAGAAUAAUCAAUACGAAACACAACAGCAAAACCGCCUCCCAAAAUGAAUAAUUACAUGUUCCAGCAACAAAACCAAAACAGAUUUAAUAUAUUUCUGUAAAUAGGAUCAAUUAAAUAACUAAUAUUAAUUAUAACUAUAACUUCAUGAUAUAUUAAAUACUAACUAAUUUAAUGUUACACAAUGACGCUAAGAAUGAAAAUGUUUCAAUCACUAUUUUAACUUUGCAACUAUUUGUUAACAAAUUGCCUCUCACGUUUAUCACCCGACUUAAAUUAAUUAAUUACUUGGAAUGCAAUCAACUUAUGUUGUUCUACAUUUACUCGGUAGUAAAUUUUGUACCUAGUUGCAUGAACAAGUUAUUGAUGAAGUUUAUCACAAUCCAACUGUAAUUAUUUAUAUCGUUAGGUACAAGAAUCCAAUCAACAAAAUUUUUACGUGUUUAGAUGUCAAAUUUAAUCAAUUUAGCACAUAGUUUACUUGUAAUUAUUGAAUACCUAAGUCCGGAUUUAUUUAAUUGAAAUAUUAGCUAAAAUAUCGAACACAUGCAAAAUCGUAAAAUAUAUAGUCUUAUUAAGUAUAACAAUGAUUGCGAUACCAAAGUUUAAGUCAAGUGUGUCAGAAGAUAAUGGCAGGUGUUCCCGUUGUGUUUUAUUUGCUGAAUUGCAUUUGAUGUGUUUAUACUAGUGUUAUUAACUUUUGUAGAUGUUUAGUUUCCAUUUGUUUUAAUUUUUCAUUUGGAAGUGAAAUGUUCUUACUGUUAACUAUAUACUGUUACUAGGCUAGAACGUUAUGCGUCAUACAAAUAGUCUAUAAUUAUUGCAAUAUUUUUAAACGUUGCCUUUAUUAAACAACAAUCCAAGGUAUUAAUGGUGUAUUGACCUGUAGUAAUUGACCAUUUGUAACAUAUCUGUUGUGUUUUAAUAUUGUAUGUAGUAUAUUGAUGGAUGAUUUAA